UGCAAUUUGGAUUUGCUCAACACAAGCGACCUUCCCUUCCGACAGUUACUUCUCCAAGAUGUGCUGCUAGACAAUGUCAGAGAUUAUGUUUCACAAAUGACAAUCCCAUACCUCACUUCCCUAGAGCUGGCCAGCACUGAUCAGGAAGUGUACCAUAAUGCUUACAAGGCAGAGGUAUUUCGCAACCUCGUGAAAUGCGUCUCCCAGUCUCUCAUGGAGCUCACGUUCACCACCGUUGACUUUCCUUCCACCAAUGCACUUUCCAUCUUUCACAUGGCACAGAACCUCCUGAGGUUAUCCAUCGUGGAGCAAAACAGGGUGCAAAUGCGUCUCAUUACUCCCAAUUUCAUACAGGGGCUUUAUGAUCCAAGGAUGCUUCCAGCGUUGCAGCAUUUGCAGCUUGUCUGGUUGGAAAGUGCGGAUGAGGCUGCUGUUAUGGAUCUGGUUGAGCAUCGGGCAUUCGAGUCUGUUGUGAUAGGUGUGAGGAUGGGAGGCGGGCUCAGAGGGGAUACUUUGUCUAGAGUCGACGCUCUUCAAAAACGAGGUACAAUGAUUACACUCUGGUAG